AUGGGGCAAUUCCUCUUUGUGAGUCUCGGUUUGCUGGUGGUGGCCCUCUCUCUAAGAGGAGUCAAAGGCAGCUGUUGUCCUCCUAGUUGGCUCCCCAUCAAUGAGUUGUGCUACAAGGUCUUCGAGGAACAAAAGAACUGGGAGGAUGCAGAGAUGUUCUGCAGGAAACACAAGCCAGGCUGCCACCUCGCCUCCAUCCACGGCCAGGAAGAAUCAGAUGACUUGGCCAAGCACCUCACUGCCCACCUCAGAACCAAAACCGAUGUCUGGAUUGGACUGCAUGAUCCAAACAAAACCCGCACGUGGGAGUGGUCAGACAGAUCCCACCCCAACUACUUCAACUGGAAUACUGGAGAGCCCAACAACGCAGGUGGCAAUGAGUACUGUGUCCAACUCAGGGCCCAGUCAGGUUUCAAGAACUGGAACGAUAUUCGCUGUGACAUCAUCUUCCCUUUCAUCUGCCAGUGCAGAUACUAG